UUCCUCUCUAUCAUUAGGAAAGUGUCAUCUAAACAAGUAUUGAAGAAAAAGAGUGAAAAUGGAAAAAGGUAAAAAUCACUUUGUGCUAGUUCAUGGAGCUGGUCAUGGUGCAUGGUGUUGGUACAAAGUUGUGGCAAUUCUAAGAAGUGAAGGCCACAAAGUUAGUGUUCUUGACAUGGCUGCCUCUGGAAUUAAUCCAAAACAUGCUGAAGAACUCAAUUCCAUGGAUGAUUACAAUAAGCCAUUGAUAGAAUUUAUGAAUUCUUUGCCACAACAAGAAAGGGUUGUUUUGGUGGGACAUAGCAUGGGUGGCAUCAACAUAUCUCUUGCUAUGGAAAAGUUCCCUCACAAGAUUGCUGUGGCUGUGUUUGUCACAGCUUUCAUGCCUAGUCCUGACCUCAAUCUUGUUGCUAUUAGUCAACAGUAUAAUCAACAAGUGGAAUCACACAUGGACACUGAAUUUGUGUACAACAACGGACAGGAGAAAGGCCCAACCUCUCUCCUCUUUGGCCCUAAAGUCUUAGCAACCAACUUUUAUCAACUGUCCCCUGCUGAGGACUUAACUCUUGCAACUUUUUUGGUGAGACCCGUACCAUUGUUCGAUGAGUCCGGCCUAUUGACGAACACUGCACUUUCCAAAGAGAAAUAUGGUUGUGUUCAUCGUGUUUACGUUGUAUGCGACAAGGACAAUGUGCUUAAGGAAGAAGAACUUCAAAGGUGGUUGAUUAAGAAUAAUCCACCAGAUGAGGUCGAGCUGAUUCACGAUGCAGACCACAUGGUCAUGUUCUCUAAACCUAGGGAGUUGUGUUCUUGUCUUGUUAUGAUUUCACAAAAAUAUCAUUGAUCUUUUACCUUGUUUAAUAGAACAAGGAAAACAUAUAUAGAUUGUCCUUUCUUUUGUCAAGCAUGUAUUUGUUUGUAUUGUA